CCAAAGUCUAAGUACCAGUGAGCAUGAUUUAUUGUCUGAUAACACAGAGGUAGUGUUGUAUCCAAGGUCUUGAAAAAGAUAAAAAUAGAAGAGAUAUCUCACAUAAUCUUGAUCCUCCCAAUGUGGCCUACUCAACCCUGGUUUUCAACAAUGUUGAAGAUGUUAAUCGAUUCUCCAAGGGAAGUCAAGUUAAACAAGUCAACUUUGUUCCUACCCUUCAACCCACAGGUGGAACACAAAUUAUGGAGGAAGUUAAUUCUUCUAGUCUGUCCAUUGUCCGGAAUAACCUUGCGAUGCAAGGAGUAUCGAAAGCAGCUCAAGACAUUAUCUGUAAAUCAUGGCGAUUGGGAACCUCAAAACAAUAUGAUACCUACCUCAAGAGAUGGGAACAGUUUUGUUGUAGAAGAAAAGUUGAUACAGUGUUUGCCUUUGUGACUGACAUAUUAGAUUUUCUUGUGGAAUUAUUUAACAUGGGUUUAAAAUAUAGUGCCUUAAAUACGGCCAGAUCUGCAUUGUCUUCGACUAUUGUUCUUCAUGACAGUGUAUUCUCAGUUGGACAGCACCCUUUAGUGUCUCGUUUUUUAAAAGGUGUGUUUGAACAGCGCCCAGCUUUACCACGAUAUAAUCAUGUGUGGAAUGUGGAAACUGUGUUGAAUUUUUUAGAAAAACUUUCACCUCUUGUUUCUUUGACUUUAUCACAGUUAACUAUUAAAUUAGUAACUUUACUUUGUCUUUUGUCUGGACAAAGAUGUCAAUCUUUGCAUUCUUUAAAUAUGAAUGAUUUUAUAUGGGAGCCAGAGGGAGUAACUAUACCAAUUACCUCUGUUAUAAAACAGUCAAAGCCUAAUAGGGCACAGCCAGUCCUUGUCUUACCUUUAUAUUCAAAUGAAAAUCUUUGUGUAGUUAGAACACUAAAUGAAUACAUUUCACGCACAACCAAUUUAAGGGGUAAUAUUUGUAACCUUUUUAUUACAACAGUUAAACCAUAUUCUAUUGCGUCUAAAUCCACAAUAGCACGAUGGGUAAAAUCUACACUCAGACAGGCAGGCAUUAACACUAAGGUUUUUAGUGCACACAGUACUAGGGCAGCAUCCACUAGUGCAGCUAGUAGAAACAUAUCUUUAACAGCUUUAUUGAAAGUGGCAGGUUGGGCAUCUUGUAGGACGUUUCAGAAGUUUUAUGAUUUGUCUGUAGAUACUGUAAAUGACACAGUAGCUCACAAUGCAGAUUUUGCAUUGUCUGUUUUGUCUAGUCAUAAGGAUUAGAUUUAUGUUGCAGGCUGGAGUGAUAACUUUGAUGUUAUAACUAUGUAUAAUAAGUAUUGUUUAUUAUGUUUAGAUUUUUUGAAUUGGCCAAGAGUUGGUGUUUUACUGGGGUUACAGUACCGGUAUAAGAGCUGAGAAGCUUGUUCUUUUGUUUUGCUUACAUUGCAUCCUUUAUAAUAAACAUCAUUUAUUACUUUA